AUGGAUUCAAGGGAUCCUUCGAAUCCAUAUAGUGACUCCCCUAGUUAUAGCUAUCUUCUCCACAGUCAAAACUUCCAGUAUGGAAGUUUUCCUCCGAGUCAAAACUAUGGAGGAGGAUCGGAGAUACCUCCUUUUAGUUCACAAGCACCAGAGGCUCCCGCUCAACGUGAAAACCCAUCCGUUGCCUCUAAGGAGAGAAGGCAAUGGACUCCAGCUGAUGACGAGGUUGUAAUAAGUGUGUGGCUCAAUACAUCUAAGGAUGCUGUAGUUGGAAAUCAACAAAAAUCUGGGACGUUUUGGAAACGUGUAGCGGAGUAUUAUGCAUCUAGCCCACAUGCGAAAGCGAGUGGUGAACAUAGAGAGUGGCUCAAUCUUAAGCAGAGGUGGCAGAAAAUUAAUGACUACACCAACAAAUUCUGUGGUGCUUACGCGGCUGCAGAGAGACACAUCAGUUCUGGUCAGAGCGAGACUGAUGUCCUCAAGGCGGCUUAUGAUAUUUACUUCGCUGAUCAUCAAAGGAAAUUCAAUCUGGAGCAUGCCUGGUGUUUGUUAAGGUUUGAGCAGAAGUGGCUGAGUCUUAACACUCCUAAACCGACCGGGAGUGGAAAGCGAAGGCUGGAGAGGAUUGUUCGCAAACAUCAAGCGCCACUAUUGGAUGAUCUCAUGAGGAAGAAGAAUUUGUCGAAGCUUGCCAUUCUAGACACACUCCUAACUAAGCCAGGAACACUAAGUGAGGCUGAGGAAGUUGUGAAGAACAAGCUGCUCGCUCAGCUUUUCUGA